CGCCCCCAGCCGCCCAGCCUGGCCGCGAGCUGUCCGCGGCGCCACCGCCCCCUUCAGCGGCGAGGGCCGCGGGACCCGGCGCUGCUUGAUUUCCCCUUUCCCCGCCCCGGCCUCUCCGGACCUCCUCCGGCGCCGACCCCCGCACCCCACGCGCUUGCAGGACCCUCCGCGCCUGAAGCUGGCUGCCGGGAACGGCCCCUGGGCGGCGGGUGUGGCGUCCCCGGGCGGAGAAUGCCUAAAUCAAAGGAACUUGUUUCUUCAAGCUCUUCUGGCAGCGAUUCUGACAGUGAAGUAGAUAAAAAGUUAAAGAGGAAAAAGCAAGUUACUUCAGAAAAACCUGUAAAGAAGCAAAAGACUGGUGAAACUUCAAGAGCCCUGUCAUCCUCUAAGCAGAGCAGCAGCAGCAGAGAUGAUAACAUGUUUCAGAUUGGGAAAAUGAGGUACGUCAGUGUUCGGGACUUUAAAGGGAAAGUCCUAAUUGAUAUUAGAGAAUAUUGGAUGGAUCCAGAAGGUGAAAUGAAACCAGGAAGAAAAGGUAUUUCUUUAAAUCCUGAACAAUGGAGCCAGCUGAAGGAACAGAUUUCUGACAUUGAUGAUGCAGUAAGAAAACUGUAAAAUCAGAGCCAUAUAAAACCUGUACUGUUCUUAUUGUUUUAAUGUCUUUUUACAUUGGCUUUUGUUUUCUAAACCUUGUUUUCCAAGCUAUUGUAUAUUUGGAUUGCAGAACAAUUUGUAAGAUGAAUACUUUUUUUUUUAAUGUGCAUUAUUAAAAAUGUUCUGAGUGAAGCUAAUUGUCAACUUGAUUAAGGAGGGUUGUUUUGUGCCCACCAUCUAGUGUAAAAUAAAAUCAAGUAAUACAGUCUCAACUGUUGUGGCCUUCUUUGAUCAGAAGAAGUUGGUACUAUUUAAGGCCAAAAGUAACAGUUUAUAGACAUUUUUAGUUUCAGCUCAGCUUUUGACACUCAAAAGGAUUUGUAUUGCAUUGAAUUUGUAAUCUUUUUUGAAAUCCAUAGUCGGUCUGUUUUUUUCCAACCCAAAUGUCUGGACUUGUUUGAUUUUUCUACCCCAGUGAUAUUAUACUUGCCCCUUUUUUUCUUUACUUCAUUUUCCUUUAUAACAUAUAUUGUCACAUUCUGUUUUCAUUUCACUUUUUGCUCUUUUCUUUGGAUAGAUUAUGCUAAUUUGAAAAGUCAGUUGAAAGUUCAAAAUGUUAGUUAUCUCACUUAAGGUACUUGUAAUUAAAAUAUUAUAUGAGAAUUAACAGUCACUAAUUCUACUGUAUUAAAUAUUAGGAGAUAGAGUUUGAUAAACAACAUGGCUUAUAUGGACACUCUGAGCAGUAAGUGUAUGUUGUUACCUGUAGUGUUCUGUGUAAUUAUUGCAUAGUCUGCAGAAAAUAAUGACUUAGAUGUCUGAUUUGCUUUCACUCACUAAACAUGUUCACCAUGGGGUAAUGUUUAUACAAUCAGAUAUUGUUAAAUUAGACUAGGAUUUAAUAAAAAUUGUGAAAGCUU